UAUAUCCAAUACGAGGGGCGAGGAGACGAGGUAUGUAAAGAGGGGUCGAGCGAUCGAAACGAAACAACAGUCUAUAGUUCUACUUCCUCUCGCGAUCGAAACCGCAAAGGUCUCAGUAUGGCUUCAAACUCACUGAUCUGCGACACGGAGCAGUGGAAUGACUUGAAGGGUCAUGUUAGCGAGAUACAGAAGACGCACUUGCGCGAUUUGAUGAAUGAUGUUGACCGAUGUCAGUCUAUGAUGGUGGAAUAUGAUGGGAUAAUUUUGGACUACUCGCGGCAGCGUGUGCAGCAAGAUACUAUCGCGAAGCUUUUUGAAUUGGCGAAGGCGGCACAUCUUAGAGAGAAGAUUGACAGAAUGUACAAUGGAGAACGUAUAAAUAGUACAGAGAACAGGUCUGUGCUGCAUAUAGCUUUGCGAGCCCCAAGAGAUAAAGUUAUUUGCAGUGAUGGGAAGAAUGUGGUACCAGAUGUUUGGAACGUGUUGGACAAAAUUAAGGAGUUCUCAGAAAGGGUUCGAAGUGGUUCAUGGGUUGGAGCAACAGGAAAGGCGCUAAAAGAUGUUGUGGCUAUUGGUAUUGGUGGUAGCUUUCUAGGGCCUUUAUUUGUACAGACAGCUCUGCAGACCGAUCCAGAGGCUGCAGAAUGUGCAAAAGGACGACAGCUUCGAUUCCUAGCAAAUGUUGAUCCAAUUGAUGUUGCCCGAAACAUCAAAGGUUUAGAUCCAGAAACAACAUUAGUUGUUGUGGUUUCAAAGACUUUUACAACAGCAGAAACAAUGUUGAAUGCUCGAACUUUGAGGCAGUGGAUUACAGCUUCUCUUGGGCCUCAAGCAGUUGCAAAACAUAUGGUGGCUGUCAGUACAAAUCUAACGCUCGUAAAGGAGUUUGGGAUCGACCCCGCUAAUGCUUUUGCUUUUUGGGAUUGGGUUGGUGGUCGCUAUAGUGUAUGUAGUGCUGUUGGUGUGCUGCCUCUCUCUCUCCAGUAUGGUUUUUCAAUUGUUGAAAAAUUUCUGAGUGGAGCUCAUAGCAUCGACGAACACUUCUAUUCAACCCCUUUUGAGAAAAACAUACCUGUACUUCUUGGUUUACUAAGUGUUUGGAAUGUUUCAUUUCUUGGAUAUCCAGCAAGAGCGAUAUUGCCAUACUCCCAGGCACUCGAGAAAUUUGCACCACAUAUCCAACAGGUUAGCAUGGAAAGUAAUGGCAAGGGUGUCUCUAUUGAUGGAAUUCCACUUCCAUUUGAGACUGGUGAAAUAGAUUUUGGAGAACCUGGAACAAAUGGUCAACACAGCUUCUACCAGUUAAUCCAUCAGGGAAGGGUUAUCCCUUGCGAUUUUAUCGGUGUCGUAAAAAGUCAGCAGCCUGUUUAUUUGAAAGGGGAAAUUGUUAAUAACCAUGAUGAGCUCAUGUCAAACUUUUUCGCUCAGCCAGAUGCGCUUGCUUAUGGGAAGACUCCAGAACAGUUACUAAGAGAGAAUGUCCCUAAUCAUCUAAUUCCUCACAAGACCUUCUCUGGCAACAGGCCGUCCCUGAGCUUAUUACUCCCUUCGUUAAAUGCUUAUAAUGUUGGACAGCUAUUGGCCAUCUAUGAGCACAGAAUUGCAGUUGAGGGCUUCAUAUGGGGGAUCAACUCUUUCGACCAAUGGGGUGUGGAGUUAGGCAAGUCGCUGGCCACUCAAGUAAGGAAACAACUGAACCUAUCUCGGACUCAACGGAAGCCCGUUGAAGGGUUUAACCACAGUACUACCACUUUGUUGACAAAAUACCUUGAGGUCGAUCCUGGUAUCCCAUGUGAAACCACUGUUCUGCCUAAGAUGUAAUCUGACCAAGAUGUGUUAACCUUGUAUUAUGCAGAGUGAAUCUUGGCUAAGUUUUUUGCCCCCUCCCCCCCUGAAAAUAAGUUACAUGUAUGUGACUUUUACUGGGAUCUCUGCUCCUUUUGUUUUUUUUUCUCCUUCAUGUAACUAGCUUUGCAAAUAAACUUAUAAAUGGUCAACAUACUCGCUUUGGAGCAAUAUUUAUUUGGUUGAUCGAGUAAAAAUGUUGUGGUACAAAUUCUAUUCA